AUGUUUAAAAAGAAAUUCUUUAAGAAGAAACCCAAACCAAAGGAAGAUAAAAAUCAAGAUGACACAGACUUUGAGAACAAGGAAACCAAGCCCGAUGUUCCUCCAUCAAUACAGAGACCUAAACCCUUUUUACCGGAUACACCAGUACCUACGCCACCGGUAAACAACAUAUCCACAGGAAGGAUAUUGAGCAAAGAAGCAAUCGUGGAUCUACCUCUACAACAUGUCUCUUCCAACAGGCGGAUGGAAGAUCUCGACGAUGAAGACUUUGGGUAUGCAACUUCUGACAUCAUCUACACAAUCAAACGGAAAGAUGCUGACUUGGAGGAAGCAUUUCUGGAUUCAAAAACAUUUUCAACAUACAAAACAGACGGUCAUAAUCCAACAAUCAGCAGGUUCUUCUUCUCUCCAAAAGAAGAUUUUGAAACUCUAUCAGUGGACGAAAUACGUAAUAAAAUAGACAAUGCAUCAGAAGAAGUUCAGGAAGAUUUGAUUAAGCACAUUAUCGCAAAAAUUCUACCUACUUUUAGGCAGAAUAAAAUUGUUGAAAUCUUUAGUCUUCUUGCUUGUAAAAGCAAACUGGUAAGAAAUCUUUGCAUUAAUGAAUUGACAGAAUUGAUUAUGAAUGCUGAUCCGAGAGAGUUUUCAAACAGAGAGCUUAUGACGUUGUACGGAAAUGGCACUCUGCAAUUAUUCACAUUAAUAGCAGAGACAAAGAACACAUUCAGAAUAUUUCAGUCUCUAAUCCAACUCGGAAUCAUUUUCAACUGCUUUAUCUACACACGUGCCAUUGAAGCAGUGGACGAAUGGAUCGCAUGCAUUAAUGAUACGAAAAAUGCCAUUGAAUCAAAAUGCAAGCGAGUUAUGGAAAGAAAGGAUCCCGAUGUGCAGGUUUUUGCCAAGACAGCUCAGUGUAUCUUUGAUUUGGAAAAGGAAGAUUUGGAUGAGAGUUUUUUGAUUGGAGAAGAUGUGAACGCUUUUCUUCAAGACUUCAGCAGGGAAGACAGUAACAUUUAUAUUGAAGGGCUGGCUGUUCUCUAUCACACUGGAAAUUUGAUGAUGAGGCAUCAGUCCAAAUUUAAAUCUGGAGUGCAGAAGUUUUUACAUCUGUCUUCUUUCAUGGACGGUUUUGACGACGAAGUGGGUUUGAUGAAAUGGCAUCACCACUUGCUUUGCCUAUUUAUAGUUCGUUUAUUGCAAAGAGAACACACGGAUGUUAAAGUUGAGGUUCUUGAAAAGUGUGAGGAUCAACUACUUUCCAUUUUAAAUCAGGAAAAAUAUAUGACCCCUGAGAAUAUCAGUACAUUAAAUUGCUUGUUAUUUCACUACAACGAAAGAAUACGAUCAGCAUACAAGAAGAUAGCACAAGGGAAGGGGAUUAUCAGUUCAAAAGGUGUUACUGAAGACCACAUACAAACUCUUCUAGAAAGAUAUGGAUUUGAAUUUGACAUGUCUCAAUCAGUGUCACAGUUAAGCAAAACUUUUGAACGCAGACAAUGUUCAUUUUGCAAUGUGGAGGCAUCUAUCACAUACAUGUUAGAAAAUUUCCAAGACGAAUUGAUGGAUGAUCCUACGUAUAUAACAUGGGAAGCAUCAUCUAAUAUACCCAUAACCAAAAUGUUACACAAAGAGAAUCUAGAAAAUGAACUGGAGGUGUUGAAACAAAUAGAGUCCAAAGACAUUCAUAGAAAUGUCGCGAGGCUUUUAGCAUUCAAUCAGAGUUUGCCAAAAUUUUACAUUAAAGAGAGGCUUCCUGGAGACAAUCUACAGAAGCGCCUUCUGGAGGCAAGAGACAAAGGAAAGAUAAUUCCAAUUGAUGAUCUUAUAAAUGUUAUAGUGCAGGCGGUGCAAGCAGUUAUUUAUAUACACAGGCAUGGUUGCCUUAUUAGAGAUAUCACAACUGCAUCUUAUGAUUGUACGUUAACAGAAAAUGGAUUUUUCCUAAAACUGAAAAACUUUAAGAUGGCUGCAAAACCUUCAGAUUUUUCAAGUGGUGGAAUAGUCAAUGGUCUAAUAGAUCUGGAUUUUAAAGGUGUUCCAUCUCGUUGGGCGGCCCCAGAGAGUCUUCUGGAAGGGCAUUACAGUAUAUACAGUGACGUGUGGUCUGUCAACAUUUUGGCAGACGAAAUUCUUAACUACGCAGCGUGGCCAUACUCGGACGUCAGUGAUUCGGACUUCGACGACAUGGUUACAAACAUUGUCUUUACUAACCUUAAACCGCAAGGUUUUAACAGACCGAGAAGAGUUCAGGGUCUUAUAUUAGAAGGUUUAGCAAGCGUACCAGAACAGCGACUGAAGCUUGAGGCACUGAGAGAAAGAUUACUGGAGAUUUCAGAUAACAUAAGCGGUGGCGAAAGUUAUAGUUCGUAUGAUGCGUAUUCUCGAGUGGAGGGAACACAUGCAAAGGUGUAUGACAUACCUCCCCUGACAGAACGACAGAUCAUUGCAAAAUCCAUAUUUGAAAGGGGAAUCCCCAAAUCAAUUCGGAGAUACAGAGAGCUUGAAGAAGAUCCUCGCACUAAGUUUGCAUCAGAAAUAGCAGAAAACAAUAGUAGACUGGAAAUGGAUACAGGAGUGAAAGUAAUGGAAAUAUCUUCAGAGGAAUACUACAAAAUUGAUUCUGUGGAUGGAGAAGGUAUGAUGAAAGUGAUGGAAAAAGUAAGUGAAGACUUCUUGAAAUUUACAUAUAGCAGACUAAAGGAGAUAGACAGCAGUAAAAUGUGUGUAACACCUUGGCCUCCGACCAAAAGUGUCUCGGCAGACGGCUCCAAACAGUUGCAUUAUAAAUUCCCACGGUCAACAAAUCUCCUCGAAAAAGUCCUCCACAAAGAGCUCGACCUUAGUAUUGGUCCUUAUAUUGCACUUCUCUAUGAAUUGGCCAAUCACAUCGACUCUUUUCAUUCAGCUGGAUGGAUUUUCCGAUGUCUAAGAGCAAAGAAUGUGUGGAUUUUGGAAUCAAAAAAGCGAGAACAAACUAUCGUUGUGCCAAAAUUCGGUAAAUAUCGGUUGAUAGCGUCGUCCGAGUCUGAUAUCCACCUAGAGCAAAUAAAAGUUCAGACAUCGGAAGACACCGAAGGAAUACAAUGGCUACCAAUUGAGGCAAUAAAAGCUGGUCUAUAUUCUAAAGAAAGUGACGUGUAUGCAUUUGGAAUGAUAACGUGGGAGGUCAUGUCUGCUUUUGGACAAGAAGGAGUUGUUUAUGACCAGGAUGAAGAGCGAGAACUUACAUGCAUCCCGUUCAACUACAAACAGUCUGAAAAUAUUCUUCAGCAUUUAAUAGAGGGAUAUAUCCCAGAGAAACCUAUUAAGUGUCCUGACUGGUUUUACCAGGAAAUCACCAGGCCUUGUCUCCUACAUCAGAAAAUUGACAGACCAUCCAUGAAAAUGAUCCUGCAAAUCCUCAAAAUACGCCUAGGGAUGUCUCUUCCUAAACAAAAUCUAAGUAUUGAACAAUCUGGACAGCAAGGAUCUCGGAUGAAAUCCAAAGAGGUGGAUGAAUAUGAAGACAUCAAUGAUAUCAAUGAUUCUAGUGACUAUGACGAUGUAGAAACAAAUCUAUAUAGCUCAGAUUCCGAUUUGGAGGAAUCAAUUAAGACCAAGGAGAAAUGCAAAUCUGCUUCAAACACUACUGCUCCCCCUCUUGAAAAGGGAAGGCUUCUACCCACAUCUCAAGCUUCUUAUUACAACACAGGAAAUAAUGAUCAAGGAGCCAAGAAGACCAGUAUACCACCACCCCCUCCUCGUUCAAAACCAAGAGUUAAUAAAAUUGAAAGUUUUAAAAAUGGCAAUAAUACUAGUAUGUUGGAUGUAGCACAGGUAUCUGGUUUAGAGGAAAAUCAUCAAAGGUCGAUAAAGACAUCUGAUGUAAACACUUGCAAAGUACUACCUCUACCUAAAGUACCGCUGGAUGUUCAUAAUGAAGAUACAAUUGCUCCGCCAUCAAAAUCAAAACAAAUUUUCCAACAAAAUGUAAACGAAAUAAAAUCUAAAGUAAAAUUUUAUUCACCCAACGAAACCAAGGCAAUAUUUGAAGACAAAGUCCCAGAAAUCAAUAAAAAAAAAAAAGAGGAAAGUAUGGAACAAAUUCAUAAUUUGGAUUCUUUACGUCGUAGACCCCCUAUAAGCAAAGCCCAUAAAUAUUACAAAACAGCGCCAAAUCUACCUUCUCCUCCGUCGCAACCGAGUAAUCACCAACCAGAUUCAAAAAACUCCUCGACAACUGGCAAAGGAGAUUUACUUGACCCCAGAGAUUCCGUUAACUUUAGCACAGAUUUCGAUAUGUCUGUGACAGAUUUCCCGCAGAGGCGUGUUAGGGAUACUUAUAAAGGAUCGGACUAUUAUGGGACUAUUACAGAAAACACGGGAAACGGCACAGAUACCAGUAUAAUGAACGUUGCAGAGGUAUCUGAUUUAUCAGAAAAUCACCAAAAGCUGAUAGAAACGUCUGAUGUAAACACUUACACUUCUCGGAACAGACGGUAUAUCGAAAACCCAGAAGAUAUAGAAAAAUCAUCCGACAUAUACGAAUUUCCUGGACCAGUAGACUGCACUAUCAAAAAUGUAAUGGAAACCGAAAGAAGUUUAGACCUUUCUGAGAAAAAUUCUAAAAGAAGAAAGCCAAAACCCCCUCCGAAGCCAAAGCAGAAAGUGAAAAAUAUGCCAGUCUGGAGGGAAGAAAUGAAACAAGAAACAAAAUGUGAUGCAAAGAAUGAGAAGGAAAGAGUUGUUUGCGAAGCUGAAGCUAACACAGAGCCAAUUUACGUCAAUGAAGCAUUCCCUGACACUAAACCAGCAGUACCACCAAGAAAGCCUCUCAAGAAAUUAAUAAAUUAAACAAACAUCACCAUAUCCCGUUUUAAGGAAUUAAAGAAGUGUUCUUUUUACAUUUUUAGUCAUAUUUAUUGUUUUAAAAUUUGACGUUUUAUUUUAAAAGUAAGGUCAUGCCAAGUUCAUCUUUUUUUCUUGACAUUAAGAAUAAAAAAAAAUGUUUGCUAAUCAUGAAAUGCGUACUUCUAUUUUCAAAGAUGAAAUGUUUUUAUUUUGUAUUAAAGAAUAAGCCAUAUCGGGUCUAUCAUAUGAUAUAAAUAUCAUAAAAAUGUAGUUGGCUAAUCAUGAGAUGCAUACUUCUACUAGUAUUUUCAAAGAUUAAAUGUUUUUGUUUUGUAUUAAAGAUUAAGCCAUAUCGGGUCUAUCAUAUGAUAUAAAUAUCAGCCAAAUCGAUUUUCCCCGGUCAUUCUAAAUUUUAAAGGAUAUUUUUAUAUAAUUCUCUUAUAUUAAAAGCUUUCUUAUUUUUACACAUGGUAACGUAAUUAUAAAAAGAUGCAAAAUGAUACAAAAAGUUUGUAUUAUUUACUUUUAAAAAAACGGCUGACUGAUCUUAUGUUCAAAUCUUUACUUACAUUGGAAGUUACCAAAAGCUAAAAAUAAUUUUUAGCCUUUUUUUUAGCCUAGUUGGAAAAUUGUAAUUAAAGGUAUUUACUGUAUUUUAAUUGCAUUAUUCUUAUUUCAUUUUUCUUUUCAAAAA